UUUAUGUAGCUGUCAGCAGUUGUGUCAAAAAGACACGGUUUUGGGGAUACUGCGAAAAAUGAUUCUCUCCUCCAUGUGCACAACUGCAUGCGACCAUUUGCAAAAGGUACCUGCAUCAGUAUAGUUGCCUAUCUGCACAAAAUGUGAUGCAGCAGUGAUGCAAUGACGCAGUCGAUUCGAAGCGAAUAAGCGUUUUCCUACCAGAGCGUUUUCCGGCAGCACAAACGGCGACGGCUGCUUCAGUAGAAUAACUUACAUUCAACAAAGUGACCCUAGCAAUGAGAAGAGCAAAGGAUGUUACGGGAGCUGUGCUGUGUGAUUCUACUCAUCGUCCAGAGGGAUACAGAAAGUACACGUGUGAUUGGAGGAUGGAGGACUGUGGUACUGGGGCAGGAUGUGGACUUAUUCUGUAGACUGAUAGAGACAGACGGGGAGCUUGAACAGAUUACAUGGCAGAAAAGUACUUUGGAAGAAACACAGAACCAUAAUUUUAUGGUGAUUAAUCCCAACGGGGUUACUAAAUUUAUUUCACCGAAUGGAUUGACAGGUAGAGUCCAGUUUAUUGGGAACCCAUCAGAAAACCUUGGAUCUAUUAGAAUAACUGCUGUCAGACUGCUUGAUGAAGGCACCUUCACAUGUAUCUUCAGUGUUUUCCCCAGUGGAGCAUACAAUACAGAGAUACGUCUGACUGUGCUAGUUCCUCCAGUAGUGAGUGUGACAGUUGAUGUUGCUCCUGUCAUUGGGGAGAAUGAGGUUGUCUUGUCAACCUGCGUGGCUGCUGGUGCCAAGCCACAGGCAGAAGUGACAUGGAAGACAGGUGAAUUCGGCAGUUUGUUGAGGACGGUGACCAACUCCACCCAGCACACCAAUGGCACCACCACAGUACUCAGCCACCUGCUCGGGGUACCAACCAAGGCAGCCAAUCAGCAGCAGGUCCAGUGUGUGGUCAACCAGUCUGCCCUGGUAACAGAGAAGACCUACAACUACAGCAUAAACAUCCACUAUCCACCUCAGUCAGUGAACAUUACCCUUAGUGAGGCCUCUAAAGCCACAGUCUUCCUUUGUGUAGCAGACAGCAACCCACACCCCAACUACACCUGGAGCAGAGUGGUCCAGCCAUGGCCUGGGUCUUCAGUGAGAGCCGAGGGAGACAAACUGCACCUCCUCAGUCUCAGCUCUGAGCUGAAUGGUCUCUAUGUCUGUCAGGCCUCCAACCCCUACGGACGAGCCACUGGCUCCCUCUAUGUACACACAUCCUCUGAGUCCUCUGCUGCCUGUUGGGUUCUACUCGUUGUCAUUCUCUGUCUGAUUGUUGCUGCGGCUGCACUCAUAUGGUACCGGUGCAAAUACAGACAAUUUACUUGGAGUUCAUUCGUGGCCAAGGCACCAGAACAGACUGUAUCGGUAUCUUCCAAGACGAGGAGACAUGACAAGGUUGAGGAAGGUGAAGAUGACUCAUUGACUGCAACUGUCCAAACCAGGACGGAGCCUGAGGAAGAGGAAGAAGUAUCAUGAUGUAUGGAACAAUAUACCUUAUUUGUUUUUUGGAAACAUUUUAUUUUUAAUUUGUAUUAUUCCAAAUGUUUUUCAUGUUUGAUAGAUUGUCUGUUCAUUAAGUAUAUUUAUUGUGUUAGCUCGAAGAAAUCGCGGACAGGUUUUAAGUGAAUGCCAGAAAAAUCUCAUUCUCCAAUGUUCUAACCAUCUGCAAAGAAUAGGCACAUUAUCCCGAGUGGCGCAGUGGUCUAAGGCACUAGAGAUCCUGGUUCGAGUACAGGCUCUGUCGCGACCGUGAGACCCAUGGGGUGGCGCACAAUUGGUCGGGUUAGGGGAGGGUUUGGCUGGCAGGGAUGUCCUUCUCCCAUCGCGCUAGAUUGACUCCUGUGGCGGGCUGGGAGCAUGCACGCUGACACGGUCGCCAGGUGUACAGUGUUUCCUCUGACACAUUGGUGUGGCUGCCUUCCGGGUAAAGCAGGCAUUGUGUCAAGAAGCAGUGUGGCUUGGUUUUGUCGUGUUUCAGAGGAUGCAUGGCUCUUGGCCUUUGCCUCUCCUGAGUCCGUACGGGAGUUGCAGCGAUGAGAUAAGACUGUAACUACCAAUUGGAUACCACGGAAUUGUGGAGAAAAAGGGGUCAAAAGUUUUUUUUAAUUAUACAAAAAUAAAGCACAUUCUCACAAUAAGCACAAUAAGCACAUUCUCCAACCAUUUAAUGAACAAUAUCUUCUAGAACAUUGGAAACCUCGACUCCAUCACCUCUUCACCCAGUGCUGGUCCUCGUUUCAGAUUUUUGUUCCCCUCUCGUGGACUCCGCCUUGCCGUGGUUGAGGGGCUUUGCUGCUUCAGCAGAAACAACAACUCUCCUGUACAGUAUGUAUGUACAGUGCUUUCAGAAAGUAUUCAUACCCCUUGACUUAUUCCAUAUUUGAUGUGUUGCAGCCUGAAUUUCAAAUGGAUAAAAAAUAUUUUUCCACACUCAUCUACACAUAAUAACCCAUAAUGACAAAGUGAAAACAUGUUUUUUGAAAUGUUUGUACAUUUAUUGAAAAUGAAAUACCUAAAUAUCUAAUUUACAUAAGUAAUCACACACAAGUCAAUACAUGCUAGAAUCACCUUUAGCAGUAAGUCUUUCUGGGUAAGUCUCUAAAAGCUUUGCACACCUGGAUUGUACAAUAUUUGGACAUUAUUACAAUUUUUUUUAGCUCUGUCAAGUUGGUUGUUGAUCAUUGCUAGACAGCCAUUUUCAAUUCUUACCAUAGAUUUUCAAGCCAAUUUAAGUAAAAAGUAAGCCACUCCCGAACAUGUAGUGUCGUCUUGGUACGUAACUCCAAUGUAUAUUUGGUCUUGUGUUUUAGGUUAUUGUUCUGCUGUAAUGGGAAUUUGUCUCCCAGUAUCUGGAAAUCAGACUGAACCAGGUUUUUCUCUAGGACACUGCCUGUGCAUAGCUCUAUUCCAUGUAUUUUUAUUUUUAAAAAACUCCUUGCCGAUGACAAGCAUACCCAUAACAUGAUGAAGCCACCACCAUGCUUGAAAAUACAGUAUGAAGAGUGGUUCUCAGCGAUGUUUUGUGUUGGAUUUGCCCAUGACAUAAUACUUUGUAUUCAGGACAUAAAGUUAAUUUCUUUUCACUUUAGGAUGCACAUGAUGCAUGUUUUGGAAUAUUUUUUUCUGUAGAAAGUUUCCUCCUUUUCACUCUGUCAUUUAGGUUAGAAUUGUGGAGUAACUGCAAUGUUGUUAAUCCAUCCUCAGUUUUCUCCUAUCACACCAGUAAACUCUGUAACUGUUUCAAAAACACAAUUGGUCUAAUGAUGAAAUCCCUGAGCGGUUUCCUUCCUCGACUACGGCAACUGAGUUAGGAAGGACGCCUGUAUCUUUGUAGUGACUGUGUAUUGAUACACCAUCCAAAGUGUAAUGAAUAACUUCACCAUGCUCAAAUGGAUAUUCAAUGUGUCUGCUUUUUUUUACCAGUCCACCAAUAGGUGCCCUUCUUUGCAAGGCAUUGGAAAACCUCCAUGUUCUUUGUGGUUCAAUCUGUGUUUGAAAUGCACUGCUAGACUGAGGGACCUUAUCUCUGUACUCCACACAUACAGUUACUAUGAGGUAGUCAUUUGAUUUUAUUUUAUUAGGAUCUCUUUUAGUCCCCAUUUGGACUAAUCUUCCAAGAGUCCUUAACAUUAAAAUACAAUUUAUAAUACAAACACACUUUCACACUUUCACAUAUAACACACUAUUACAAACAUACAUAAUACACUAGCAUAAUGACCCAAUAAAUACUCAUUCAAAAAAAAUAUUGAUUCUUCAUCUACUAUAGUCCCACAGCAUUUCUAUAUACUAUAUUUAAAUGGUUUUUAAAUAAUGUUUAAACUUAUAUACUGAAAGGUUUCUAGUUUGCUCAGUUAAUUUAUUCCAUUUCUUUAUUGCUCUAAAUCGAAAUGUUCUUUUGCCCAUUUCUUUUUUCUGUCUGGAUAACGCAUAGAUGGUGGACAAUCUAUUCCUAGUAUUUACGGAAUGCCUGUCUCUUACCAACUGAAUACCAUUGUGAAUAGAACUUGGCUGUUUUAAAUGAUGUAUAUUAUAAGAUAAGCAUGUUUUUUUUAAAUUAUCUUGUCGAUUGAUGACCAACCAAGAACACUGUGCAUGACUGCAACAGAAGAACCAUAUCUCCGCCUUAAAACAAUCCUUGCUGCUUUAUUCUGUGCAUUCUGCAGCCUCCUAACUUCACUAGAUGAUGCAUUUCCCCAGACCACCGAACAAUAGUUCACUUGACUCUCAACCAAUGCCUGUGUUAUUUGCUGAAGGAUUUCCCUGGUAAAUAUUUAGCUAUCCUUCUGAUUAUGCAUGCUGUUUUAAUAUAUUUUUUUACAUAGAUUAGUUAUUUGAGACGACCAUGAUAAGCAGUUGUCUAGCUGCACCCCCAGUAGUUUGGUUUCUGCCACUUCUUCCAUUUGUACUCCUCCCAUACUUAAUUGUAUCCCAUGCUGUUUUGGCCUUUUCCUAGUUGAACAGACCAACAUAACUUUGGUUUUCUUGGUGUUUAAAGCAAGUUUGUUUUGGCAAACUCAUUUCCUCCUAAUCUCCAAAUCUCCUUGCAAAGCUUGCUGUACCUGUUUAACCGAUUGUCUUGCUGCAUAAAUUGUAGUAUCAUCUGCAAAUAUAGUAGCUUGAGUUUCAACCAAGGCAUAGGGAAGGUCGUUGGUGUAUAUUAAGUAGAGUGGCCCAAGGCAGCUGCCCUGCGGUAUUCCACAGUUUAACACAUUAGGGGAAGAAAAUGAACCAUUGAUAUAGGUGGACUGUUUCCUGUCAGUUAGAUAUGACUGUACCCAAUUCAAUGCUACCUCCUUAAAACCAUAAUGCAUUCAUUUUGUCAAAAUAAUUUCAUGAUCCACUAAAUCAAAUGCUGCACUGAAAUCUAAAAAUAUCAUCAAUCAAACCCUAACCCUAUUUUUUUUAAUCAUAUAUCCACUUUGACAUUAUGGGAUAUUAUGUGUAUUCUAGUGACACAACAUCUAAAUGUAAUACAUAUUACAUUCAGACUGUAACACAACUAAAUGUAGAACAUGUCAAGGGGUGUGAAUACUUUCUGAAUGAACUGUACUGUAAGUGUUGAAGCCAACUAAAGGGAGCCCUGGUAUAAGCUAAAUGGCAUAUGUAUAAAAUGGAGAACCUUGUCAGUUACAGCUAAUAUAAACACAGCUUUGGCUAAUGGUACUUCUUGCGGCGGCUCCAAAAUGAAUUCCUUUAUAUUAUGCGGUUAUGCAGUUUUGGUACAGGGAGCAGUUAUACUGUAAAAGGAACCAUGAAACCAAGUGAUCCACUGGGAACAGAAGCUGCCUUAUGAUCCACGUAUUAACUCUAUCCCUCAUGAACCCUGUAUUAUUUGUUGUUUUAGAUUAGUAUUAGUGUAGCAUGGCAUUUUUGGCCACCAGUAGUUACAAUGCAAGUAUUUUCACUACAUUAGUAGUUACAAUGCAAGUAUUUUCACUACAUUAGUAGAUAGAAUUCCAGUGGUUUACUACGUUAGUAGUCAAGUGUCACGUUCUGACCUUAGUUCCUUUUUUAUGUCUCUGUGUUAGGUUGGUCAGGGCGUGAGUUGGGGCGGGUAGUCUGUUCUUUUUUCUAUGUUAUAUUUCUAUGUGUUUGGCCUAGUAUGGUUCUCAAUCAGAGGCAGGUGUCGUUUGUUGUAGCCUGUUUUCCACAUUUUGGUGGUGGGUGUUUAAUUUCUGUUUAGUGUCUGUUCACCUGGCAGAACUGUUUCGUUUUCUCUUUGUUGUUAUUUUGUGUAGUGUUAAGUUUUUCAAUUAAAAUAUGAUGAAUACUUA